AUGUCUUCCAACCUUGUUCAGUUUGUGCCAUUUUCAUCGGCCGUCGAAGCUCCAUUUUGGCAUACUUUAUCCACGCGCAAAAUUGACCUAUAUAAAUUAGACGAUACAUCACAAAGCAUUUUAGGGUACUAUUCUGUUGGUUACUCUAUACGAUCGCAGCAUGAUACCGAAACCAACAUUACCAUGCCAGCUCGCCUAUAUCUCGGGACUGGGGCUUUUGAUACUGAAGCCACCUCGUUUUCUCAUCUACCACCUUUCACUUAUCCUUCGCCUGGUGCAAUAAAGAAUACAAAUACUAUCGAAGAAUUCAAAACACUUGAUAAAAAUGCUUUGUUUAAGGAAACAGCUGAACAAAUUUGGCAAGAUAUCAUUUCUGGUGCUGCUGUGAAAGAUCCUUACCUUCUUACACGGUUUAUUCUUGUCACCUUUGCCGAUUUGAAAAAAUACAAAUAUCAUUAUUGGUUCGGGUUUCCUGCAUUACUCACUGAACCACCAUGGGUUAUUGUAAAUAAUGAUGUCAAAGGCAUUGAUGAAGUAUGGGACAGUACAGAGAUCAAAGCUUUGAGAGAAAAUUAUGAUAAAUUCAGGCAAACACAAUCCGGCUCUUGUACAGGAUUCUUUCUUGUUAAACAGCUUAGCAACAAAGAAAUAGCUAUUGGUAGUUUGUCGGAAUGGGACACAUUUUUCGAUGGAUGCAAUGACGAAGAGAGAAUAGUAGGGUUUGCGGAUCCAUCAAGUUUACCUACCAAUCCUGGGUGGCCUCUUCGAAACUUUUUAGUAUUGCUGAAACGUCAUUGGAAUGUGCACAAAAUCAAAGUGAUAUGUUAUAGAGAAAUUCCAAGUAAAAAAGAUAUAAUAAACAGCCGCAUUUUGACCAUAGAGAUCCCUGACACGACGAUAAUUCCUGCUGUAGGAUGGGAAAAAAACAUGUCGGGUAAACUUGGUCCACGCACAGUCGAUCUUGCUCAUAUGAUGGAUCCAAUAAAGCUCUCUGAUACUUCUGUUGAUCUAAAUUUAAAAUUAAUGCGAUGGCGUAUUGUUCCAGAUUUACAAUUAGAAAAAAUCAGAGAUACAAAAUGUCUGUUACUUGGCGCUGGAACUCUUGGUUGUAAUGUCGCCAAGUGUUUGUUGGGAUGGGGUGUUCGACAUAUAACUUUUGUCGAUAACGCGCGUGUUUCUUUUUCCAAUCCUGUCAGACAAUCAUUGUUCUUUUUUGAAGAUUGUUUAGAAGGUGGUAAGCCAAAGGCACGUGCAGCCGCUGAAAAUUUGAAAAAAAUACACCCUAGUGUUGUAAGCGAGGGCCAUGAAAUGAGUAUUCCAAUGCCAGGUCAUCCCAUCACUUCAGAGUCACAAGUCAAAGCCGAUGUGGAAAAGCUCACUCGGCUUAUCGAAUCACAUGAUGUCAUAUUUUUAUUAAUGGAUAGCAGGGAGAGUCGAUGGUUACCCACGUUAUUAGGUGCAAAUAUGCGUAAGCUCGUUAUAAAUGCUGCCUUAGGGUUUGAUACCUAUGUGGUAAUGCGACAUGGUGUAAAAGAUGAUUCAGAGUGUCAAACAACUGACUCUUCUGAUAAAACAAUGCCAUCAGUGAAACAGCUGGGUUGCUAUUUCUGUAACGAUGUAGUAGCACCAACAGAUUCUCUCAAGGAUCGUACCCUUGACCAGCAAUGUACAGUAACUCGACCUGGUUUAUCUGCCAUUGCUUCUGCAUAUGCUGUCGAAUUGAUGGUAUCCGUCCUGCAUCAUGAAAAAGGACCGGCCGCCCCUGCUGAUACAAACGCCGAGCCUACAUCUCACUCCGAGCUUAGUGCUUCAUCACCUUUGGGAAUUAUACCGCAUCAAAUGCGAGGAUUUUUAACUCAUUUUAAUAAUAUGAUUAUUGUGGGGCAAGCUUAUGAACGUUGCACGGCUUGCUCGGAAGUGGUGUUGAAUGAAUAUAAUACAAAGGGAUUUGAAUUUUUGAAACGUGUUUUUGAUUCUCCUGCUUGUUUGGAAGAAAUAACUGGGUUAACAAAACUGCAUCAAGAAAGUGAAGUAGCUGGCGAUUUUGAUUGGGAUGAAGAUGAUACUGAAUUAUAA